AUGAAGUUCUUAUUGGUUCACUAUGCAUCAAUCACCAACAUGGGAAUCAUGACCGGUGAUUUCACAGCUGUGUUACAACGGAUGCAGCUGCGCUACAACGGGAUGAUCGAUCGCAAGAUCUAUGAUUUGCCAACUGAUGAAAAUCAGCGUAGCGACGUACCUGAACGGCAGACCUGCAAAAUAGUGCUACUGCAAUGCUGCCAGAUGCAAGGUUUAUUGUGAAGCAUAUAGUUCUUUAAACCCCUCACCAUCCCCAAUUUUCCUAUUUGGUUCUAUGGCUCGUGAGUUAAGCAACUUAUUAUUGCUCAACUAAAACUCACACAUAUAUCAUGCUACCUCUCAUAGCCUAUACAGUUGUAUCGGUAGCAUCGUGUAUAUGGCUCAUCAAGCAUCUGCAAACCGCUGUCCUCUCACCUUUAUCUCAAAUUCCCAAUGCACACUUCACGACGCCAUAUUCAAAGUUAUGGUUAUUUUGGCAUCGAGCAAAUGACACUGAGCACAAAGGCCGAUAUGCUGCUCACAAAAAGUACGGUCCUGUUAUUAGAAUUGCACCAAGAGAAUUGAGUAUCAAUUGCCUUGAAGAUGGUGUCAAAACAGUCUAUGGUGGUGGAUUCGAGAAAGGGGAAUGGUAUUCGAUGUUCUUGAACUAUGGUCACAGCGUUUUGUUUUCUAUGAAGGAGGCACCAGUACACACUGAACGCAAACGCAUGUUGUCUCAUGUCUACUCCAAUUCUUUUAUCCAGGCGUCCGAAUCAUUGACACAGAUCUUGAGGAAUAUUACCUGUAACAAAUUUAUUCCUCGGAUGCGUGUUUGGGCGGAAACAGGCAUACCAGUGAAUGUAUUUCAAGAAAACAAAGCACUGUUCAUGGAUCUCACGAGCGCAUACUUACUUGGUCUCAAAAACGCCUCGAAUCUAGUUGAAGAUCCCGACAAGAAAAUGGUUUUACGAAAUUUUGAGCUAGGUCUUGGCGGGCUAUUCUGGAAACUCGAUGUCCCCAAUCUUACGAAAUGGAUGGCUCGUUUUGGCAUGAGUCCGUUAAAUAAAGGAACAGCUUCUGCAUCCCAAGCAAUGGAAGAUUUCAUUCUCUCAAUGGCCAACAAAGCACGAGAUACUCUUCAAUCUGAAGAAGCUGAGGAGAUAGAAUGUUAUCCAACCGUCUAUGGACAACUACGCCAAAAGCUUGAGGCUUCGGAAACCGUUUCUGCGGAUCAAUUAGACACAGUAGUUGCUGCAGAAAUGCUAGACCAUAUCGCAGCCUCACAUGAAGGAUUAUCAAUCACGGUAAGCUAUUUGAUGGCCGAACUCGCUCGUCAUACAUCUAUCACCUCGCGGCUUCAGAAAGAACUACUUUCUGUGAAUCUGAACAUAACGCCUUCGCAAGAGAUUGAUUCGUUACCAUUACUAAAUGCUAUACUUAUGGAAACACUACGACUAUAUCCCGCUGGUCUAGGAGCAUUUACUCGCCAAGUUCCGGAAAAGGGCGCUAUGAUUGGAAAAUAUUCGGUACCGGGCGGUGUUACUGUCAGUGCAUCUGCAUAUACUUUACACAGAAACUCAGAUGUUUUCCCGGACCUCCUAAAUUGGAAUCCAGAUAGAUGGUUGGAUGCGUCCCCAGAAGCAAAGAAACAAAUGCUGCGAUGGCACUGGGCUUUUGGUAGUGGAGGAAGAAUGUGUAUUGGGAACCAUUUUGCUAUUCGUAUGAUUAAAGCGGUAACUGUAGCAGUUUUCAAGGAAUUUGAGAGUGUAACAGUGUCGGAGACGAAGAUAGAGCCAGUGGAAGGCUUUAUAGGACAUCCUGCGGGCUAUAGUAUUAUGCUGGCAUUCAAGAGAGCAGAUACAGGCAGGUCUUAGCCAAUGUUUCAAUAGUCUCCAAACAGUGUUAAAAUAUUUCCCUCUCCAGAAGAUAAUUCGAAGAAAAUCAGCGAGCCUUAAGAUCAUUUUGCUGCAUUCUAAGCAUUCGCUUUCACACGGCUGGCUGAAGCAAUUUAAUUCAAAGAGCGAAAAGUUUUGAUGGUGAAAUUGCAGCGAUUUAUUUCGUGGUGCCUGAAAAGGACGCCUCUUCAUAAGAAAAGCUAGGUAGACAUGAGCGAGGAACCGGCAACAUACUCCAGGAGGAAGAAAUUCGCACAUUCUCGUCUGCGAGUCUGAUAUCAUGGGCCAUGAUAAGUUCCUCCAGAAGCGACUUUAACAGACGAGAGACAUAAUUUUUGGCUUGGCUAGGUUAUAGAUCAGCAAAACAAUAUAGCAGGCCUACCUUUGGAAGUUUCGAAGGGGGAACAUACCGAUGGCAAUUGGUUUCAUCCGAGCAGUUUCCUCUAAAAUGCUAUCAAGAAAAAGAAGCUCUGUAGCAUCAUGCUAUGCUUUGUAUGAUCGAGAAAUAUCUUCACGGAAAGGCUCCAAGUAUUUUGGGUACUUGUAAUUAUGAAUCAGUAUUAAAUUAUCGCGAAUC